AAAAAAAAAAAAAAAAAAUCCACUAACAGAAUUAAAUUUUUCAUGUGCAGAUAGAAUAUCUGAUUCACAAGAAUAUUUCCAUAGAGUCUGGCACAUUUGUCUACAAAUAGCAGAUAGAUGAAAACUAUGUUAAAUGUUGUAAUCAAAUAACUAAAUGUUCCUAGCCUGCGCUCUCCUUGAUAAGUAAUUACCAAACACUGUUCCAUAAUACUAUUGAAGAGAGUCAAUGAAAGAGAAAGUAAUCUAGUUUGGGUUUUUGUUUUUCUUUUUCUUUUUUUUCUUGGAGGGGGAGUAUCUUUUUCAAUAAAUAUUCAAAUACCUAGUGAUUUGAUAACUAAGCUCACUCAGAUUUGCUUUGCUAAAUCAAGUAUAUUUUUUGUCUACUCAAUAGCUUAUUAUAUGUGAUCUUAGUGAAAGGCUCUACCCAAGUUGUAAGCCAUUUAUUUAGAUGAUUAGUUCUCUUUGGCUGAUCAUUUUGAUACAAGACAUAAAGUGAAAGGAAAUGAUUUAGUGUUUUGUUUUGGUAGGACCCAAGCACAGGUGAGAGUUUAAAGUCUGGUAUUCCAGAUGGAAAUCAGCUUUAGUAAAUGCACAAUCUCACAUUUUAAAGGAAUGAAUGUGAGACCAAUUCAUGAAGCUGUCCCUCAAUCCUGUUUCUCUGAAGGCCAUGCUCAAAUGAGAACUCUUUCACUAAGGUUUCUAAGAAAAUCCUUUCUAAAUCGGUGUUUCUAAAGCACUAAAUAUCAUUUGCAUGGUAUUUAUUGUUUUUCCCCGUUCUGUCUCAAGAACAUCUCAGAUUCAUGUACAUUUCGUCACCUGUACCUGACUCUAAGCUCCUGAAAUUAGGGAGUAGGUAUUUUUCAGACUUACAUUUCUUAUAGUGCCUAAUGAUAUUGCCUGGCACACCAAAGACAUCAAUAAAUCUGAGACAAAUGAGUAGAUAAUAACAGUAGAUAAAUGCUGCUGAAACCUAGCUAUAAUAUAGAAGUUUUUCUUUAAAUUUACUUUAUCCAAACCAUAAGCUAUCUUUUGGCCUGGAUAUCAUCUCAUCUCAUAGACAAGGGGAAGAAUUACACUAUGGUCAUGGAUAGAAAUAGGAGAUAAUUUACCUCCUCUUUACCCAGGUAGACAGAAUAUGGAGGCUGCUGAGAGAAGAUUUUAAUUGUGUGCAAAAUACGUAACUACUCUACAUUUUAGUUUACCCCUCUAUAAAUUGUAGAAAACUUUCUGUCUAUCAUAUAGGGUUACUGUUAAAAGUAGCCUAGUUACUGUAUGUAAAAGUAUCUAGUGCAUGGCACAUGGUGAAUAAUAAAUGGUAUUUAGUUGUUUUAAUCCUUUCUAUCUGGCUUACAAAAACAAAAGGACAUGAUAAGUUUGUUUAUUCAGAAGCAUUUGGUUCUGAAAAAUGAAACCAGGGCAUAAAGUAUAUCAGUAAUAGUAAGGUGUACUGUUUGACACGAGUUACAAGUACAUGCUAUGUAUUAAUGUGAGAUAAGUUGAAUUAAAAAGGUAGAUAAGUAGAAUAAUUGAAAGAAGACUUGGCAUCCUAAGCUUCUAUUAAGGUUCUGUGACUUAUCAGUUGUUUGAACUUGAAUUUGGAUAGCUAUUCUAAACGGAUCAUUCUGGGUAGAAAAACGUAAAUGCUUCUUUAUCCAGAUACAUAGACAGAUAGAAGAGUUCUCUUCAGUCGCCAUCUAAGGGUAAAUAACUUGCCCUUAAUAGAUGGCACAUAAGGAUUGUGGCACCUGGGCACUUAAAUGCUGAAUGUCCAUUGAGCAGAGAGUAUACAAUUCUAAUUACAUAUGACAAUGACCCAAAAACUGUUUGAAUUGCAUGUUGCUUCUAUUUCUAUCUAGUCAGAACUUACCCUUGACAGUUCAGAGUGUGACUGAUGAAUGAUAAGGAAAUAAGUUGCCUUUAAACUUUUCAGAUAGCCAUGUGACAAUGAAGCUCAAAGUUUGAGGAAGCAACCCAACAGAAAAAAAAAAGAAAAAAAAAAAGCAUUGAAAAUGGAAAAUUACUUCGGGAAAAUUGAAUACAGAUGUCAAACUAUCCAUGGAAAUUACAAACUAUUGCUUCUGAAUGUAUUAGUUUGAACCACACAACAUUGUCUCUACUUGCCUUUUUUGACUUACAGAAAUGAUAGUUCAUACGUUUUUCAAGAUAACAACAAUUAGGCUUUGUUAAGAUAUAUUAUCACUCUUUUGAAGAAAGGAUAGCUUAGUUGAUUUUCUAUAGAGUUGGGGGAGAAUAAUAGAAGAAUGAAAUAUCAUUCUUCUAUUAGGUUUAUAUUGGAGGAAUCUAGAUAUAUGAAAUAAAAGGAAAACAAAAAGCACACAUGGUAAGAAAAAGUUACCACUAAGCUUCUUUUGAUAGGAGCAAAAAGUGGAAAGACACAUGUGAUUAUCAGAGAGAUAUUGUGUUGGAAGUAUUGACCAGAGUGGGGAGCUAUGAUUUAGAAGAAGGGGGAAGUCAUCAAGGUUGUGAUACCCAUGGAAAUAGAAAUCUUAAAAAAGAGAUUUGGAGAAAGCAGUGCACAAUAACUAGAUCUGGAGGAGAGUGAGCAAAGCCAGAAGAUAAAGCAAGCAGAACUAUGAAAUAGUUUUUAUUAUUGAUUCUGAGAUUCAGGGAAUCCAAGAAGAUAGUGGGAAUCUGACCAAGUGAGUUAACAAUCUUGUUCAAAACUCUAUAGUACAUCACUCUCAUUUGCUGUGGCAAUUCUUUAUAUUUUGAGAACAUAAUUAUAAUAAAAAUAUGUAAAUGAAGUCAACAGAAAGUUGAGGUGGAACAGUACAUCCUGGGGUUAGCCUUAUAUUGAGGGGUAGUUCUUGACCAUGUUUGGGAAUAAAUUGGUCUGUCAGUAAGGAAAACAGUUUCAUGAAGAGGAAGAAUCUUACCAGUGUAUAAAAGACUAGUUUGAGUUUGUGCACUGAAAAGGGGCUCCUGGGUGGCAGUGUCUCAUAAAUUCUCCUACUGACUUUCAUCAGUAGCUGUGUUAGGUAACAAAUCACACUGUUGCAUGUCCCCAUGUUCUCUCUGGCUUAAUCCAUCAAUGGGAAUUGGAAAUAACUACCGGAAGUCCCUCUGGACGUGGCGAAGGCAGAAGCUUUGCCUCCCAGGAUUCUAUGGAGGGGAAAUAAGCAGGGAGGACUUUGUAAAAUCAGAAUCUUUUUAACCUUAUAAAGUAGAUGUGUCAAAGGGCUUACGGUUUCACACUCUUAGCUGAAUUUUUGGGGUGGAGAAAUCUAGAAAUACUGUGGAUAGAGACCCUUAUUAUAAUCCAAAUAAAGAAGUAGGACUGUGAAAGAGGUAGUGUAAAUCAAGAACCCUUAAGGCAUAUUAAAGUGAGUAAAAAGACUUAGUAACAGAAUAGAGUUGGAGUAUAUAACUUAGAGGAAACAUGAAAAAAUAACACCAAGGAUUUUGGCCCGGGAACUGAGAGGAAAAAAAGUGUUAAUUUAGACACAAGUUGGGUAUUUGUAAAGGAAAACAUGUUCAAUGAGGAAAAUAAUUGUUUAAAUGUUUUCGUUUUAAAUUUGAAAAGACAGAGUUACAUCCAAGGAGAGAAGAGUUGUGAAUAAGUGACUGGAGAUAAUAAUUUGAGAAUUUUCUGUGCGAAAAUCAUCUACAAUGGGAUCUCGGUUUCUUCUUCUUUCUCAACCCCAAUCAACGAGUUGUGUCUACCUUGAGCCUCAGAUUGUAAAAGAUUUUUAGUCCACAGCUAAGCUCCACAGGAAAGUCCCAUGAUCACUUUCCAAUUUCAAUCGUGCAAUCUAGUGGCAAGAAUGACUUUAAGGACCACUUACCUGCCCUCACAAAAGAGACAUAUAGAUGGUACUGAGCUAACUGGGCAAAGAAGUAGAGCAGGACAUCCAUCCACAUCAUGAGUGCAGAGCCUCAGUAUUUUCCAGAGUUGGGUGUGGGAAGGUAUUACGGGGUGAGGCCACAUAUAGAGAUUUAGAAAGAAAUCCAAGAAAGUGCAAUAUCAUAGAAACCAGGAGAGGAGAGAAGGCCAUAAUGAAGGCUCUGGUCAACAUGGACACAUUCUUCCAGCAAAGCUGUAAGAACAAUGAGAGUGAGAUAAUAACUAGACUGGGCAAUGACAUGGUUUGGCACCAUGGUUUACAUCUUGGGAAACAUUGUAUUGCUUCAGGGAGUGACAAAGUGAAUCACAAUGAGGAAGAAUAGUCCAUUUUUAUGUAUUACACCAUUAAAUAAUUAUUAACUCACCUCUCUACCUUCAUUUACUUAGAUAAUUUAUCAUUGUAUUUUCAUUAAAAUCAGAUCAUUAGUUUGGAUAAUACAGACCUCAGGGAAAAAAUUACUCUUAGGUUUGUUAAAAAUUGAAUAAACGUGUUUUCUAAACUUGUUUUAAAAUUAUUGUUUAGAACUCAUGUGGAUGCAAUUUUAAGAGAUGCAUCUCUUAAGACACAAUUUUAAUAGGUGCAUCUUUUAAGACAUAAUGUUAAGAGGUGCAGCUCUUAAAUUCACAUUAAGUUAAGUAAGCCAAAUCUUACUAUAGAAGUUUCUCAUCACAUAUUCACCAUUACAUAGAUUCAGAUAUGUGUUCUUAAAGUCUUUAGUUAGUGUCUAAGUAGAACAGAGGAGUUCUACAACCAUACUUUUUAUUUAUCAAAAAGAAAAAAAGAAAGGAAAAAGAUGUCCAGAUUCUCACCAUCUGUCUGACUUACAAAUGCACCUGACUAAAAAUAAACCAUUCAGGAAUAAGCCAUUCACACUUCCUCUGCAGUGACUUUGAAGUGUUUGUCAAGAUACCCGUAUUAAAUUAAGAAACUUGGCGCUCUGGUCCUUUAAUGGUGCUGACAUUCUGACUCACAUAUGCCCGAGGGAAGGCAGAACACAGGACAGCUGAGAACACCAGAGAACUGGCAGUUGGGAGCCUGAUGGAGGACAAGCAGGGCCUGGAGGACAGGUACGUGACAGAAGCACAGGAAAAAAAAGAAAAAUGGUAAGUUGACCUGGAAAAAAAUUUGAGGAGAUUUGUAGGCAGAGUAAGUUAAAGUAGCAGAAUACUUUCAUGUAGCCCUUAACAACAACAACAACAAGAAAAUAAUAAUAAUAAAGUGGGGGGGAAAGAAUCAUUUCUGAGAUUUGUCGAUAGGAGGAAAAACAAAGAACCAAAACUUUUCCCUUGAAAUGUUUACUGUUAUUAAUCAAGGAACAUUAUUAACUAUUAGGGUCCUGACUAAAGGUUACAUAGCUAAUUAGGACUUAGAAAGCCUUAGAUUUUUUAAAAAGAGUUAUAGACCAGUUAGAUUUAUAAAAGAAAUUGGAAGAAUUACCAUAAAAAUAUCAUUUUUUAAAGUUUAUCUUAUAAAGGACAAUCUGUAAUCAGCAUUACAUGACAUUUACAAAGUUUUUUCCUAGGAUAUGAUUUAGCUCUUUCAUUGUAAACUUUAAAAAAAAAAAACUCUAUAGUUUGAGUAUUGUUUUAACAUUAUCUUUCAUUUCAAAGAUAUUGUUUCCUGAUAAAACCAGUAAAAGAUUGGGAUUUUGCUAUUUAGUAACAUUUGACAAACUGUGAUUUACUCUUUUUUUUUUUUUUUUUUUGGUCAGAAGAAAUGAAAACAAGAAUUCAUCACUACAGAGGCACCCUGACAGUGUAAAUAUCAUGAAAAGCUAAAAACUAGAAUCAUCUGGUAAAAUAAAUAAGACUCAUCAUGUCCUUUUCGGUCCGUAACCAGAAGGGCAGCAAAAGGCCUUUGCCACUGGGGCCUCAUCUUUUGCUCCAAGUCCCACGUAGCAAUUACCUGCACUUUCAAGAGGAGAAACAACGACUACACCUAAAGAAAUUCCUUCUUCAUAGGAUGUUUCUAGUGGCCAAGAUACAAGCAAAGGUAGAAAGAAAAGAUGUUGCUGACUACUAUGAACAAGUGUUUCAGUCAGUUUUGAAACAUCACCUGGGAGAAACAGUGACAGGAUUGCUGCUCAUCUAUCCUACUUCCAUUCUGCAUAUCCUCGAGUCCUCCAGCGACACUCUCUACCAAGUGCUUUUAGAUUAUACUGGCCAUGACAAAGAUGAAACAGAAUUUUUUAUUCAACAAAUGAAAAUUAUAGUCAUUUCUCAUAACAUUCCAAUGAGGCUUUUUAUGCAAUGGCAUGUUUCAGUGAUAAAAGUGCCAGUUAUGUAUCUCGAUGAUGUGACACAAUCACAGUCCCUAAAAGAGGUCAUCACAGAUUUUCUCACACAAACUCAUAAACUGUCAGUCUAUCUUUGCAAGACUAUGAAAGUAGGCACUAAAGGACCAGGUGAUAACUUACACCAAGUUGCACCUGACCUACUCCUCCCAGAACAAAUCAUAAAGUACUUGUGCAAAUCCGAAGAAUUAAUGGACCCAGCAACAUUUAUAAACAUGUAUAAUAGACCCAUACACAUCAUUCUGGAUUCUGAGGUGGUAUGGCCUGCUCCUUCACAUUUCUAGGAUUGAGAGGGAUAAUGUGCUCAUGUCUCUUAAGGAAUUUGUGCUACUUAAAUAAAGAAGAAAACAUUCUUAAAGUUA